UGAAUGAUAUAUCUGCUGAUCACCAUAUGAUGGCGGCAGACAUACUACUUAUAGCAGAAUCUCGUCUUGUUGCCACAGACACCAAUGAUUCCUUUGACAUCCCAAACUUUCAUCUGUUUCGAAAUGAUCAACUUAAUACAACUACUGCAAGAAGACCACCACAUGGUUUGGCUAUAUAUAUAUCGGCUCCUCUUUCUCAGUUCUGUACAGUUCAACAUGUAUCAACUCCAAACUUCGAAGCCACCUGCAUUUCUUUGUCAAAAUCCAUGCUCUUCCUCCAAAUCAUCUGCUUGUACAAGUCGCCUUCGUGUUCACUUACAGAAUUGUGUGCAAAGCUUCAAACAAUUGCAUCAGAAAUAGAUCUUACAAAACCUUUACUUGUGGUUGGUGAUUUCAACUUCGACAUUUGGAAUGGCAAAAAUAAAUCACAUUUACAAAAAGUAUCUAAAAUAUUAGAAUGUGAACAAUUCAUCAACGAAAUUACAACUGAUUAUGAUUCACAGAUUGACAUGGUCUUUUACAAUCGAACCAAUCUUAUUACAUCAACAAUAGAAUCAACAUGGUCAGACCAUAAAAUAGUACUAAUAGGCCUUCCAAAUAGUCAAUAGUAAUAUAAUCAUUACAAGAAAAAAAUAAUUCAGAAGAGGAAGGUGGACUGGGAGGAUGAGGGGAGGUGGACCAAACUGGGAUAGGUCAACAGUGACUGCAUUUAAAAAAAUCAGGCGAGUGUUUUUUUGCUCACCUGAAAUUGUUUAGGUGGACUCAUUUCUCCCAGGGGCUUGUAGCUCACCUGGUAUUACAUGUUUUAGGUGCUCAGUUGUUGAUGUCAGGUAGACAAUUUUUUUCCCACCUCAAUUGAUUUUAGGCACUUAAUGGGUGGACAAACUCAACUGAGUGCCUCAAAAUAAAGUCACUGCAGUCAGGAUCACUCAUGUUCCAACAGAACAGAGUACUGUACAUGUAAUUCUUAGACCUAAUUAUUGACUCUCUAUGUUAACAGAAAAAUGUAUAAAUAUUAUAACAGAUCCAUAAUAAGGGGGGCAGAACCGAAAAAGAAACAGUGUGGACCAGAAUCAAAUUACUGAAACAAUACUCCUUAUCCUCCAUCCACCAAGUGUACAAAGUUCAUUUAAAUAUACAAAAUCCAACCUUUCAUGAUAAACAUUUUAAAUGAAAAAUUAUCCAGUACUAAAGCUUUCCACCACCUGCAGCUUAAAAAGAUUACUACUGGGGCUGCAACUUGGACAGAAGGGCAAAAUAGAAGGGGGGGGGAUAGGGUGUCAGAAAAUUCAGUUAAACACUUGGACAUUUAAUUCUUAUGAAUACAAGACUAAUGGACGUCAAUUCACAAUAUGGCGAUAUCAGGAUUCAAAGCGAUCUACUACAAAAACAUUAGUAUUUAAUUCUUGUGAGUGGUGGAUGGACAUCAAUUCAAACAUGUGAUAUCAGGAUUCAAAACGGUGUAUACACAGACAUUAACAUUAUCAAUCUCAUGGAUUUAUGGACGCAAGAUUUUGGUAGCAGACAUUGCCGUCUGUGGCAGAGGAAAGUUGAAACGACAGUUCACUGGAACAAGAUAACAUGGAAGUGCAGAAAUCAUACAUCUUCAUCGACAACAUGGCAUCGAAUUCGAACAAAAGAAAAUUUGAGGAUGAACCAAAAAUUACCCAAGAUCUUUAUGUAUUCAACACCAGUCCAAUGAAGACAAGUAAGGCUAACAAGGAUUAUUUCAAAGCCAUUGCACAAACAAAUAAAAACACUUACAUGGACCUUGUGUGCUUCCAGCCCAAAUUGCACAGCCAAUUUCGAAGAGCAGAACAACAAAAAAGCCCAGUCAAACUGAGGGAUGCUGCCCUUACAAAAGGUUUUAAAGACGAUUCAGUAAAUGACUUAAAAGUGACCUACCAAACAAGAAUGUCUAUUGAAACGCAACCUCUAAACUUUAAACCAAAAGCCCCGAAAGUUAAAGUCACACCCACUAUCAAGCUCAACUCCCUGAACAACCAAAGGAUUUCUCAAAGGCUCAACAUCACAGCGAAGGUGGUGAAAGUACUUGAAGACACCUGCCUCAAAGAUGUUCGAGGACAAAGCCUAAAUGCAAAAGUCAUACUUGUUGCAGAUGACACCGGAUGUGCCAAGUUAACAUUAUGGGAAAAGUUGAUACCUAUGGUUGAAAAUGAAAAAACCUACCAGUUCAGUGAAUUGUCCGUAUACUAUUUCGACCAAAACUCAUUAACAACCACCCCGGAAACUGCUAUCAAAGUUCAUACUGACAUAACGGUGAUUGAUAUAUCACAAGAUAUAAUUGAGGAACAACAUCUCGAUGACACCAACACAACAGUGAAGAAUGCCACAGUUCAGCAAGUUUCUGUAACAAUGAGAAAGGCAUGCUUGUCUUGUAAACAUGUUGUGCCAACAACCGACCACCACACCACAAAGUGUGGAAAUUGUGACAUGCGCCAGUUAACCAAAAUGUUAACACAAAACAUUCGGGUAAAAUUGCUCUUAAUGGCAGAGGACAAGGAAAGAAUCGCUGUCACAGGUCUAGACCAGAUCAUGAUUGACUUUCUGCUGAAAGAGGGACUAGUCAUAACUAAUGAUGUCACGACUGACGACAUUGAGGAAUUCAUUUUGAAUUUAGAAACUAUCCCAUCAGUAACAUACAAUGUGGACAGACUUGUUCUAAAAUUUUGAACCCAAUUCGUCAAACUGCAUAAUUCAUUUUCAAAUGCACAUGAUCCAGGCCUAUGGUAAAGCCUCCCAGAAAAUGGUGCACCACAGUUUGACAUGAUAUGUAAACCAGCACUAAAAGCGCCCUUCGGGUUGUGCAGUAAUUUCAUUCAGUUUUGGAAACGAAAAGCAUUUAUUUAGUUAUAAUUUGAAUACAAGCAGAAUGUUCCUAAUUGAAAGUCUAUUGUGUUUAGCCUUUUAUUAUCAUGAAACAUUGUAAUUUCUUACAAAUCUUAUACUGAUUUGAUUGCAUACUAAGUUACAUAAAUGUUCAUUUUCAGUACCCUUCUAACAUUGUCUAAAGACCGUGCCGCAAAAACAUCCACAUUAUGUAUACUCUUACAAAUGCAAAUAAAUAAGACAAAUACGUGUAUGAUUAUGAAUGCAUUAAUACUCAUGCAUAUUAACCAGAUACAAAAUGUAGACAUUUGUAAUUGUUUGUUUAUACUUCUUAAGAAGGUAUUAUUUUCUAUGUUCUAAGUUUAUUUUAUGCAUCCUUUAUGUUCAUAGAUAUAGGGAUCAUUUCAGAAGUUUUAUCCCAGGAGAGAUAACAUGAUCUUGCAUAUAAACAUUGUAAUUUCUGUUAAUUCUUGUACUAAUUUCAUCACAUACAAAGUUAUGUUAAUGUUUUCCUAAGGACUGUGACGCAAAUACGUCCUUAUGAUCCAUUAAGUUA